GGCGGCGGCGGCGGGUCCGGAGCGGAGAGGCCAGGCCGCGGACCGGCAGCGCGGUGCAUUUAUUGUUGGUGAAAAGACUGGAGAAGAGAGCCAACCAAUCAUAAAUCAUCUGUGUACUCAAACAGAACAGAUUGAUUCUCUUGGUCCCAGGAUCCUCUCCCCAACCCCUUGGCACUGCUACAAUGAGCGGGAAGUCACUGCUCUUGAAGGUCAUCCUCUUGGGAGAUGGUGGAGUCGGCAAAAGCUCCCUCAUGAACCGCUACGUGACCAAUAAGUUCGACUCGCAGGCGUUCCACACCAUAGGCGUGGAGUUCUUAAACCGCGAUCUGGAGGUGGAUGGACGCUUUGUGACCCUGCAGAUCUGGGACACUGCGGGACAGGAACGGUUCAAGAGCCUACGGACUCCGUUCUACAGGGGAGCCGACUGCUGCCUCUUGACCUUUAGUGUGGAUGACCGCCAGAGCUUUGAGAACCUGGGCAACUGGCAGAAAGAGUUUGUUUAUUAUGCAGAUGUGAAGGACCCUGACCACUUCCCCUUUGUCGUGCUGGGGAACAAGGUUGACAAAACGGAGAGGCAGGUGACCACGGAGGAGGCCAAAGCUUGGUGCAUGGAGAACGGGGACUACCCUUAUCUGGAAACAAGUGCCAAAGAUGACACCAACGUGGCCGUGGCCUUUGAAGAAGCCGUCCGGCAGGUGUUAGCGGUGGAAGAGCAACUGGAGCACUGCAUGCUGGGACACACGAUUGACCUGCACAGCAGUUCCAAAACCGGAUCUUCGUGCUGUUAGGAAUAGGAGCCACUCAAGAAGUACAUACCCCAACCUGGCAUCCUUCAGUGCAGGGGCAAAUGAUUCUCGGGCGCUUUCAACAUCCGGAGUGUCUAGGGGCGAGGUGAUAGGCAAUGCUGUGGACUGGAAGCGGUAACCACUCAGGUUGGAGUCAGAAGGUUGAAGGAUAAAGCUUUAAAGGGGUCAAGUCUCAAGGGUAUUGCCAUGUGGCUUCUAUUCCCCUUCCUGCGGGCACCAAGGACUUCAUAAAAGAUUUGGCUCCUGAGACAAGUUAGUGUCUACACUGAAGAAAGCCAGAAUCAUCCAUGACAAAUGAGGCUUUUAGCAGCCUGAAGGUGGUAAAGAGCCAGAGGUAUUCUCCAUAACAUUUCCUUAGUGCACUGGAAAAUGAUAGCAUCCAACGUUGCUAAGCAGUGUCUGACAUUACUGCGUAGGAAAGACCAGAUUCUUUUGCCGUGGGAUAGCACAAAUAACCCCAAACAAGAAGGGAUUAGCCUUGAAUGAUUAGGAAGCUGUGAGGGGGCUGCAGGUUUGUAAAAAUGUGCCGCCUUGUUAAAGUCCCUGGGGUUAGAAUCUCGCUGCUUCUCUGAGCUCUAAGAAAACCACCUCAAAUGAGACUUCUUUCCGGGAAACAGAAAACGACACUGGAAAUGUGGUAGGGCAUUUGUCAGAGAAAUAGUUAAUGGAUCCUUUUUCAAUAUUCCUACCUUUGGCGAUGUGGUUGUUCUGUUUUUACUUCAUACGUUUAGUUUUACAGUGUGGGGAUAUCGCUUCUCUGACCACCUUCCAUUAGCUGGCAAGCUCAGAACAAAGUAGGUAGUGUCCACACCUCUGGCAGAGGCUCAUCGUCUAUGGCUUUGAUGACCUUUUGUCCGCAUCACCUACCUCUCGGGGGGGACUCACUUUGCUAGCUAAACAGGGCGGGUUUUAGAAUGACACUGGGUACUACUGAAACUUUGCCACAUUUGACACUGCCACUAUUGAAUUCUGUUCCUGUGGCAUGACAGGCUUGAGCCACGGAGAGGGUACUCUAAAUUCUCACCAUCUGCAGUGGCCUCAAACUGGUCAUCUGUCAGUCUUAAAAAGCUUCAGUCUCCUUUUAGGCUUUGCAGGGUGGUUGGGGGGGGGUGUGUGUGUGUGUGGAGUCCAGAGCUGUGAACCAUCAUAAUGUGUGCUAAUGGAAACAUUGUGAACAGUAAUUAUAAAAACACAACAGGAUUUGCCAUUUCAGGUGGCUGCUAAAUCACAAGGUACGGAUUGAGAGCCUGCAGCUCGAGGUCGAGUCCUUGCCAGUCCUUCCUAUGUCCCGCGCAACCUCGGGGUGUCUGUGAUUCUAUUCUGGGGGCAGUGAAUGUUCCAAAGGGGCACCUAUGGAGGGCCGUCGCUGAGUGGGUUCUCAUCAGCCUUUCAGAGGCCAAGGACUCUUAGCCACAAGCUGAGGGGCGGGGGCGGGGGAGCUUCCAAGACCCCCCACUUCCUGGUCAGUGGAAGGGAGGGGACCACCCACCGAGCCUGAACCUCUCCCAAGACUCUAGGGUUCCGGGAUCCAGUUGGACUAGAGGCCAGAAGUAGAAUCGGGCCCCAGAGCUCUUCAGUCUUCUAGACCGCCAAAAUCCAGACCUAGAUUUCCAGUCCCAUGACCUGUUUAUAGCAGCCGUGGUACGGUGAAAAUCCCAAAGGGCCCAUCGGAACUAUGACGUGUGAAGCUCAUGGAACAUAGGGCCACCUAUUCAAAUUUUUUCUCUGCUUAUGAGAAUCUCCGUUUGGAGGUUUUGCCUGUGAAUGGGUUCUUAUCCCCUCACUAAGGGAAUAGGCUCUAUGUUGUGGUUAUGUGACUGAAAGUCACGUGAGUCUGGUAUUUUCAGGGCUGCUUCCCAUCCAGGACAAAUGUUUAUCACAUUUCAGGUCAUCUGGAGCCCUAGCCAUUGGCCACCCCAGAUUUCUUGCCAAAACCCUACGUGAUCCCUUAAUGGAGGCCCUUACCCACUGUCAAAGCAGUGAGUGGUCCUUGGGAUGAGAGAUGCACAGCAGAAUGCUGACAUGUAGUUUGUGUGAUGCACAACAAGCCCAAAGCCUGCGGGUCCUCAGUGCCUGGAUCCAAGCCAAGAGGUGGGAGGAGGUGGUAGACCUUAACCUUGGAAAGUCUGGGACAGUGUUUUCAUUGAAGGGCUUUUUGUUUUUGUUUUUUUAAUGAGCGCAUUUUGGGGAGAGGUUUUUAAUUAGGACCGUGUACAGGGUUUUGUUUUUUUUUAGUGGUCCAUUGAAAACAGAGCCUAGUAUUUUUAUUUAAUUCCUUGUAUUUUAUCAGACACAUACUCCAGAAGCUUCAGAUUAAUAACGUUUUCAAUGAGAUGUUGAAUUCAGUUAACAUGUCUGCUUUUGCCUUCUCUGUCAUGGGACAGUGCACAUUCCUGUUGUUGCAGGUGCUGCUAGAAGUCUUGAAACUGUGUAUGAAGUGUUUUGAUUCAAUUAUUAAAGCUCAUCUGUGUUAAGGUGAAUUCAAGAAAAACUUGAUUUUUGUCACAUUUUGAAGAACAAAUGACAGUGAAAAUCUUACCAGGAUUUUAUUCUCUGAGAAGCUGCUGCAAGGACUCUUUAUCUUCACAGGAGAGACUUAACUGUUCAGGUUUAAUAUUGUUUUGGGGGAGGCAGCUUUGGGAAUUUGAAGGGCUCAGAGUGGUGCCUUGUCCCCCGUUUAUUUUAUUGACAUUAAAAGUAAAUCGCUAUUCACAUGUAA